GCUCGAUAAUCUCGAUAUUUCGCGACGACGUGCCACGCCGCGUAUCGUAUGUACGUAAACUGGCGAACGUUAGAUAUUCCCGGAGGUGCGUGCGGAUAUUACAGAAGAUCCUUCUGAAAUUCCAUUCUUUCCGACAGAUGCCAAUCUUUUCGGAAUAUAUCCGCGGGGAAAUUUAGCGGACCGAUAUGAUUGUACUCGCGGCUCGUAUUCGCGUUAACAAUCGCGAAUCUCGGGGACGCGUUUCCUGCGGGAUUAUGGAUUCCCGGAAGUUCACGAUUGGCGCGAAUGGUUUUAUAUGCCGUCACGCUAUAGUCGCGUUGGGCGUAUCGUAUCGUACGCUUGUGUAAACUCUCGGCGUUCGCUGGAAACGAUUGGUUUGUGGUGCCGCACACGUAUAUACAUAUAUAUACACACACACAUAUAUAUGUAUACAUUUAUGGAACUAAACAAUAUCCGCCGCGCACCUUCGUGCCCCACGUCCCUGGACGUGAGCGGAGCUCCCCCACCAGCGGGGUGCGCGCACGCCGUCGCUCGAGCGUUUCGUCCAAGUCGCCCGGCAGCGGCCGAGCACGUAUGUGACAUGGCGUCCGGGUAGAAAGAAAGUUAACUGCUAAAUAAACGUUAAUGUUGUUUUUAUGACACUGACCGACCGAAAAGGGAACAUCCGAGGCCGCGAAUUUCCCACAGACACUGGCAUUGAUGGUAAUGCAUGCGAGGAAACCUCAAAGGAUCAGCGAUGGAACGCAAAGUACAGCAGUUCUAAGGGUGGCUAUUCCUCUUCGACCACGUCAUCGGACAGUCGCUACGAAGGACGUAUGCGCGACUCUCCAAAUGGUAAUUCUUACAGUCCAGCCGGCAGCUUGGGAAUGGGCAUGGGGACGGACCGGGACAGCCCUCGGAAUUACACAUCCAAGCCUCUUUACAAGAAGGAGAGAGAAAAUAGAGACUAUAAAUUAUCCUCCUCUAGGGACAAGUAUUCCGAUUGUGCACGAUCCCUAAAAGACAAGAGAAGCCGUGAGAGCAGGGAUUCAGAACACAGGACCAACCACGAUAGGAGUAGUGGGGAGAUCUUACAUCCCUUAAAAUUAUCAUCAAAUUCAUCAAGGGAAUCUUCAUCCCAGAGAAAACCAUCACACAAUUCCUGUCAGGAUAAACGUGGUGAUGAGCGAGGAGGUGCAACGGAACGAACAGCCAGAUUUGGCGAUUGGUCAGAACACAUGAGUUCAUCAGGAAAGAAGUAUUAUUACAACUGCAAGACGGAAGUUUCUCAAUGGGAAAAACCACGGGAAUGGAUCAGUCGGACAGAUAAUCGUCAACGUCAAUCUAGUGACUAUUCUUCUAGGUCAAGUCAUGAUAAACAUUCCAACUCGCGAUCAAAUAGCAGUAGCAGUAUGCGAGAUGGUAAAUCGUCGCGACAGUCUGACAAACGAGAAUACUGGAGUUUAUGUAGCGCGAGCGGUGGUAGCAGUAGCAGAGAUGAUGUUUCCGCAAGGGAGAGGGAGCGAGAAAAAGAACGGGAAAGAGAACGCGAACGAGAACGAGAGCGAGAACGUGAACGUGAACGAGAACGAGAACGGGAAAGAGAAAGAGAAUCUAGAGAAUGUAGAGAAGAAGUUAGUGUAGAACGCCAAACUCAAGAUAUGGAUAUCUCGCCAGGUGAUUCUACACCCACUUCGGAACCUUUGACGUCAUCCUGCGCUCAUGAUCCACUGCCACAAGGCCCUGUUCUCCUGGCCGCUGCGUUACCUCGAUUAACAUCACAUCCAUCGUCAACGACACCACAGGCAACUGGAAAACUUAGUUCACCAACGCAACAACAGGGAAGUAGUAACGCUCCGGGACCACCGGUGUCACUAGCAAAUCUCCCAAGACUAUUGUCACAAAUUACGGGCAACAAAGAACAACCUGACAUCACACCACAGAAGGCAUUACAGACAAUUCAAACAGCUAUUUUGCUAUCCCGACAACAAUCUGUUAGUGGGGAUCGAACUAAUACUGGAAGUGAUGUGAUGGUUCCAUUAAAAGUUGAUACAAGUGGCAAUAUUACCAGCGAGGGUCCACCUACUCCCACACAUUCAGAAACUCAGGAUUGUAUUGAUGCGCGAAAAUUGACAAGUCCUGGAGGGACGAAUUCCGGAGUACAAGGUCUAAGCUCCUUGCAAAGUCUCAGUACAUUAGGUUCUCUUGGAAAUUUGAGUAAUACGGGAGGUUUACAGGCAUUGUCGAGAGUGCAGCCUCCUUUAACACCUUCUUUAACACCAUCUCUCGCUAAUCAUUACCGGGAAGAUUUGACACAGCAUGUGCGUGCUUUUCCCGCUGAUAUUCUCGAAAAACAGGCACAGAAACUUAGUGAGGAAGCACAUGCAAUGGGCAGUUUGCAGUGUACGAAAGUGUCCGCAGAAUUGAAAUCGGCACGAUCGAUAGUGAGGCUGACAGAAAUUCAGGCAACGUUACAGGAACAAAGGAUAUUAUUCCUCCGUCAACAAAUUCAAACACUAGAGGAGUUAAAAUCCCAAAAUUCCUUCAUGUCUGACGAUUCUUAGUGUAAGAAUCUUUAUAAAAUAAUUAUGAUUACAAUCUAUAAUUAAUUCAAGCAAAAUAAAAC